AUGGAUUUUUACAAACAUAGAGCGGUUGAAGACUGGACUUGUGAAAAACUUGUAGAGUUUUAUCGUGCUACUUCAGGACAAAAGGACAGGAGAAAAGUGCUGGAUAGCAUAAAGAAAGAUCUCAAAAAGGUGAAAGAAACGAACUCUGAAUUUGACACGACGCGUAAGAGAAAGGCCCAAAGAAUCGUUGACAACUGGAAACAAGCGCAAGCUGUGACUCUUGGUCUACAUACAGCUAAUUCUGCAUUCUUAUUUAUUGAGAAUUGGACCACGAUGGGCGAUGAUACAGGUUUCAAGUUCGAGUUUAGUCAGAUACAACAGCAGGUGCUCGCUAAUACUGUGUCUAUCGAUAACAACAAUAAUAAAGCGUUUUUCGAACAGCCAUCAAGCAAAUCCUCAGAACAGUAUCGAGCUAAGAGUGGAAGAGAAUAUUCUGAAUCAAUUUCCAAUUCAUCUGAAGAGGACCAUGUUGAUGAUGAAACCCAUAAGAGGUCGAAGAGAAAAGUUGGUGGCUAUUCUGAAGGCCUGCAAGAGUCAACGGAAGAUGUAUAUGUCGUUUCAGAACAUGUUCCAUGUUUUGGGCUAAACUUUAACGAAGAUUUAAAUCAUAUUAACUGGGAAAUUUUAGAAAUUUACAAUAAUGCAGAACAAUGCGAUCCCAUCAAAAUGGGGGUGAUAAACCUUGAAGACCUCAAAAAAAAUCAAACAAGAGCGUUUAAAGUGAUAUCAGAAAUGUUUAAGAAAGACUUCAGAGACAAUAAUAUCGAUUCAAAGAUGAAGACAAUGCUGAGAGAAAUAAGAGGUGUUUCGGAUAUUUCUGAUGCAAAAGACUUUGUAUCUAAAUACAUUGAAGAAUUGUUAUCAUUCGACUUUGAUAUAGCUUCAGUAACUCAAAGUUUCAUUGUUUCGAUAGUCCAUGCAUUCACUAGUUACUUUAGCCUUGACGAAACUUAUUUUCAGCAAUCGUUAUCAGAAAAUCACAUAGCAUCAAUAACACACAUACCCAUUUUUAUGAAUUUAUUUCGCAGUAAGAAUUACUUGGUAAAUAUUAACAGUGUCCUUACUGCAAACAAAGAUCGUAGGAACUCAGAAAAUGACUCGAGAACGCGACUUGGCUUGAUCCCCGACAUCAAAGUUAUCUAUUCCAAAAGAAGUGUAGAAAUUAUAGUAGUAGAACACGCAAAGAGUACAUCUAGUGAAGGACGAAAGAAGAAUAUAGAUGAUACAAAAAAAAUUAUCGGAUUGAUGCAUGAUCAAAUAACAAAGAUAUACAAGCUUUUUGAAGAUAUUGAGAGAGAAUUAGAAGUGCGAGUUUAUGUUAUGCACCUAUCUGCUCCGGAACUAUAUCUUUUUUAUAAAAUAUUUAGUUACGAAUUACCAAAAACAGUUUAUGAUUUCGAUGUACUUAGUUGUUUGACUCGAUUUCGUUACAAUAGUAUUCUCAGGAAAGAACCAUUAACGCCAACUCAGCAGAUCCAGUGGGUGGAUGAUUCCUCCUCAAGAAAACAAACAGCUAUUAAGGAAAUUGCUAAGGGGUCUAAUUCUUCAAGUGAUUCCAAAGGAAUUGGGUUAAAGAAUUCACCCGCAUCAUCUUGUCAACCGAUUCCUAGGACUAAUCCAAAUAAGAUGGAAUGUCUUUAUCAAUAUGCUGUUGAACAUGGUCUUGAUCCCAAAAAUUUUUCGGUUAUUACUAAGGCUGAGAAAGAUAGGUGGACUAUGGGAUGCUUCCGUGAUGACUUGGAAAGAGAUAUAUGCUGUUAUCAAGGUGGAAUAAAGAGAAAGGAAGACUCUAGAAAAUAUCAUAAAUUUUUAACAGAUCGGGAUAGGCUGAUUGGCGAAGAAUUAUUACGUCGCG